AUGUCUAAUUAUCAAGAGGAGCAUGGUAUACAGGAUGACGCUGUUAGCAGGACCGCCACCGAUGAUAAUGAGGCUACCAGACAAGACAUAAGAACUCAAUUGCGUGAGAUUUUUAGACUGUAUAGUUCAGAUGAAGACCACCAAGAAGACAAUACAACGCUACUAGAAUUGCUCUCUCAAUUGAUCCCAGAAUCUUUACAGGAAGAGUGGCUAGAGCAGCUUGACCAGCAUGACAAAAAAGGAUGUCCUGAAUCUUUUAUCGAUUCGUUACCAAGGGUAUCAAAGAGAAAUCUUUCAUCCACCAGUGCUUGCUCAAUAUGCUUUAGCGUUUUUUUGGAAGAUGAUUAUCCAUUAGUCGUUGAGUUACCACACUGUGAUCACAGAUUUGAUUUGGAGUGCAUAAGUAUAUGGCUUUCAAAAAGCACCACCUGCCCUCUUUGUAGAGAUGAUGUUAUGUCCCACAAAGUGAAAAUAGACAGUAGUAAAGCGGAGCUAGAAGAGGAUUGGGGUAUGUAUGGGUAA